CUGGAAAAGUGAGCUAGCUAGCUGUAUAUCGUCCACGUAGUUGUUGGAUGCUAUGAAAAUAGUAAAAAUUCAUUAAACAGAGGCGCAUGCAUUCAUUAUCUCUUCAACUGUGACAUUCAUUUCUAUAUUUAAUGGUAUUCUCAGUUGAUAAUUUAUGUGGCAUUUAUUACUUGUAAGACUUACCAAUAGUCAUUCCAAAUUAUAUUGUUAUAUUCUGGAAUUUUCUUAUUAAUUUCUCUCAUGUACAUUAUAUAGUAUUAUAUAAUUGGGAAGAAUACACAGAGAAAAAGGCCAAUCAGAGGUAACCAUAUCAAGAAAAUCUGCAGAAGUUUAUAGGGGAUUUGUGAGUGUGCGAUUUUCUGUCUGUCUCUCAAUGGCUUUGGUUGGUGGUGCAGCAGAAAUUCUUAUGAAAUUCAAAAUCUUGCUCUCUUUAAUUCUAUGGAUCAACACUUUUGCUCUCUCUCAAGCUUAUGAACAUCCAGGACAGUAUCGAUACCCUUUCAUAAGACCAGCAAGCUCAUUCACCGAACCGCCAUCCGCAGCCGAGUCCAGAGGCGCAAGUAAGACCUAUGACUACAUAAUCAUCGGCGGUGGCACGGCCGGCUGCCCACUCGCGGCCACCCUAUCGCAAAACUUCAGCGUACUAUUACUCGAAAGAGGCGGAACCCCUUUUGCCAAUGGAAAUGUAUCAUUUUUGCAGAAUUUUCACAUUUCCUUAGCCGAUACAUCACAAACCUCUGCAUCACAAGUAUUUAUUUCCACCGAUGGAGUUAUUAAUUCCAGGGCUAGAAUCUUGGGUGGAGGUACCUGCAUCAAUGCAGGAUUUUACACCAGAGCAAGCGCAAGUUACAUUAAAAGAGUAGGGUGGGAUGCAAAACUGGUGAAUGAAUCAUAUCCAUGGGUUGAGAGGCAAAUUGUGCAUAGGCCAGAGCUUGUGCCGUGGCAAAGAGCAUUUAGGGACAGCCUUAUAGAAGUUGGAAUCUCACCUUUCAAUGGAUUCACCUAUGAUCAUCUAUAUGGAACCAAAAUUGGUGGAACUAUUUUUGACAGGUUCGGUCGGCGUCACACCGCCGCUGAGCUCCUUGCCUCGGCAAAUCCCGAUAAUCUCCAUGUUUUAGUACACGCAACAGUCCAAAAGAUUGUGUUUGACAAAACAAGUAAAAGACCUCGGGCAGUUGGAGUCAUUUUCAAAGACGAAAACGGGAAGCAAAACAAAGCAUUUCUUUCGAAGAGGCCAAGGAGUGAAAUUAUCGUGUCAUCGGGAGCACUUGGGAGCCCUCAACUGCUGCUGCUUAGUGGGAUCGGUCCAAAGGCAGAUCUUGAAAAAUUGAACAUAUCUGUGGUUCUUGACAAUGAAUUUGUUGGAAAGGGCAUGGCUGACAACCCGCUCAACACAAUCUAUAUCCCAACAAAUAGGAAUAUCAAACAGUCUUUAAUACAAGUUGUAGGAAUUACCAAGUUGGGAGUGUACAUUGAAGCUAGCAGUGGAUUUGGACAGUCCAUGGAUAGCAUUCAUUGGAACAAUGGAAUUGUUUCUGCAGAGAUAGGGCAGCUAUCUACCAUUCCUCCAAAGCAAAGAUCACAUGAAGCAAUUCAAGAAUACAUAAAAAGAAAAAGAAACAUCCCACACGAGACAUUUAUGGGAGGAUUCAUCCUAGAAAAGAUUGCAUGGCCCCUGUCAGCUGGUCAACUCAGCUUGCUCAACACAAAUGUAGACGAUAACCCGUCGGUCACCUUCAACUACUUCAACCACCCGUACGAUUUAGCACGAUGUGUGGACGGUAUACGCAUAAUUGAGAAGAUUUUGAAGUCUAAACACUUCAUAAACUACACGAAGUGUGACAAGGAGACGAUCGAAAAGAUACUAAACAUGAGUGUUCACGCCAAUGUUAAUCUUAUUCCUAAGCAUACCAAUGACACAAAAUCCCUAGAGCAGUUUUGUAAAGACACUGUUAUCACAAUUUGGCACUACCACGGAGGGUGCCAUGUGGGCAAGGUGGUGAGCCCUGAUCAUAAGGUAUUCGGGGUUGAAAGACUUCGUGUUAUUGAUGGCUCGACAUUUGCUAGCUCCCCCGGCACCAAUCCGCAAGCCACGGUGAUGAUGAUGGGCCGGUACAUGGGAGUGAAGAUAUUGAGAGAGAGAUUAGGGAAAGCAGCUGGAGUAUAAAGUCUAACACCAAGUAGAGAAGUAGAAAAUGUUCAAUUUAUUGUGUUUCGUUAUCAGAAAAUGUAAUUUUUGUGAUUCUUAUUUAUUAUAUGUAGAGAGAUUAGGCAGGGUUUGGCAUUUAAGAAGUAAGCUAUGUGGUAUUUAAUGUAUAGUCUCAUCCUAGACUUAUGUUUCGUUUGCAAUGCUGUCUUGAUGUAUAUUUUUUAAGACUCUACAUAGUGAAUCUACUAUUGGAUGGACUGAUUUAUUAGGCUAAUUUGCAUUUCUCUUGACAUUAAA